AUUUGCGACCCUAUCCUUCUACCCCUCUUUCUCCUUCCUCCUCUUCCCCCACACACAAACACACACACACACAAAAUUAACAAAAAAAAGGAAAAAGAAAAAAAAAUGAAGCUCUAUGCUUCCCAACUCAACCCUCCUCCUCCUCUCCACUUCCCCAAGAACCCUAAACCCACCAAAUCGCACCACUUCACUCCCCCACAACUCCCCCCAAAACCCCCAAAGUUUAAACUAGCACCAAAAAAUACCACAGUUCCAAGCCACCUUCUUCUAGAAGCUCCCCCCAAAUGGGUGCUUCUGGGGGGAGCUUCUCUCAGCUUUGGGCUUCUGCUUCUGCUUUUUGGGCCCCAGCAGGCCUGGGCUUUUGGGCCUGAUGGGCCCUUGCUGGAGGAGUUUUGGGAUAAUAUGCGGCGGUACGCACUGUAUACUUUAACAGUGAGCACCGGAGCGCUGUACACAGUAUUUCAACCUAUUGUGGAGCUUUUAAAGAACCCGAUUACCGCCAUUCUCAUACUGCUUAUUGUUGUGGGUAGCGGGUUUCUUGUUUCCCAGGUACUUAGUGCCAUGGUGGGCAUUUCCGACUUUUCGUACAAGUAUGGAUAUUAAUAAGUUUAGUGGAUGAGAUGCUGUAAUUGUGAAUUUUAUUGCAUUUUGUUUUGCUGAUCUCGAAAGUUAGAUCUAAGUUUUUUGCGGAGAUAUUAUUUAUUUUCGUACAUAAUAAUUAUAUUUUUUAAUUGCGAUA